AGAGCGGACAGACAGCUUUUUUGCUCGACUUUUAGCGCGCCGCCGCUUUUAGUCUCUUCCGAAGCUGCCCCGCAGCAAAUCUUCAAAAGUGUUCCAGCCCCCGACACCGACAACGACAACGACAACGACCUCAAUCACUUCGUCCCUCGGCACACAAUGUCGUUUCGCAAGCGGAAUAUUGGCCUGUCGACGGGUGUCGAUCGCACCGCGGCUGUGAAUGGCACCUCACAGCCAGCGCCGGUCUCUGCGGCGCCAGAAUCGGUCCCCGGAGUUCGCCCCUCCCCCGACGAUGGCCGACCGACUACUUCGACGGGCACCCCGUCGCUGGACAACCUUCUAGCUGGGCACGGGGGUCUUCCUAUCGGGAAGUUGCUGCUGGUGGAGGAGAAUGGCACUACGGAUUUCGCGGGCGCAUUGCUUCGAUACUACGCAGCGGAGGGGGUUGUGCAGGAUCAGAAGGUGCAUGUGGUUGGAAUGCCCGAACAAUGGGGCCGGAGUCUCCCAGGUCUGCUCGGUCCUGCGGAUGCGGUGGACGACAAGCAGGAUAAACGGAAGGGCGAGCGCAUGAAGAUCGCUUGGCGAUACGAGCGUCUGGGCGAGUUCGGUGCGGGAAUUGCAGGGUCAAGAGCGCCUGUAGCAGCAGGGGACCAGAGUCAAGCUGCCGCAGACCCCAGCGUGGAUAAACGGCCAGCUUUCUGCCAUGCGUUUGACCUCACAAAACGUCUCACCCAUCCCUCCAUCACCAACCUGAACUAUAUACCCCUCACACCAUCGAACGAGCCUCUGCUCACGUCCACCCUCAAGCGUCUCCAAGCCGCCAUUGCAUCAUGUCCACCAAGCACAGUCCACCGCGUCGUCAUCCCCUCCUUACUGAACCCCGCGAUAUAUCCGCCCGAGACCAGCCAACCCGACAACCUUCUCCCUUUUCUGCACUCCCUGAGGGCCUUGAUGACCACUUCCGGGGCCCGCAUCACAACGAUGAUCACGAUCCCGUUGUCCCUCUUUCCCCGCUCCGCAGGACUUGUGCGGUGGAUGGAGAUACUCAGUGACGGAGUCAUCGAGCUAUGCCCCUUCCCCCACUCAUCCGACGCCCUCGGGUCUUCCGGCGCCGCCACGUCUCAGGAGGAGCCCCCGCAAGGAAUGCUCAAGGUGCAUCGACUGCCCGUGCUGCAUGAAAGAGGCGGUGGCAGCGAUCAGAACGUCGGACAGGACUGGGCCUUUACGCUGAGCCGCAGGAAGUUCGAGAUCAAGCCUUUCAGCUUGCCGCCGGCCGAAGGAGACAAGGAAGGACAGGAGGCGGCGGCGUCGGGUGGAAUGCCGAAGAAGGCGGAGCUGGAGUUCUGAAGCGGUGCAGUGGUCGAACGAGCAGAACCACGAUCAUUCCUCAUGAUCCGAGUCCAAGUCGUCCAGCAUAUUCUCCAGCUCGAUCUGUUCGGACAUGGCAGACCCGGUGUUGCCCAUUCCUCGGAAAUAGUCUCGUCCAUACGAGUCCAUGCCCGGACCAGCUGAAGACGCCGAGAAGUAGGCCCGCAGGCGAUCCCCCAGGCAGGAUGAGAGACCCAGCCAGGCUUCGCGAGUCAGCGGCUGUCAUGUCAGCGGAUAAGCAGCGUACCUAGGAAUAGCAGCAGGGGUGCAAAGAACACCAGAAAUAGUAACAACAGGAAAUUCAUCUCGAUCAGGACCAGC